CAGCCCGGGCGCGGGUGGGGGGGCGCCGAGUGGGGGUGGCGGCCAGCAUGCUGCUCGGCUGCGGCUCGGCCUCCCACACCCGCGGCGCCCUCGUCCUCGCCAGCAGCGGCGGCGGCGGCGGAGCAGCGAGCGGCGCCCGCGGCCGCAGCGGCGCAGGGUCCGAGCGCGCGGGGCCCGGGGACCCGGGGACCCGGCAUGGCGCUGCGGAGGGGCGGCGGUGGCGGCGGGGCGCUGGGACUGCUGCUGCUGCUGCUGAGCGCCGCGUGCCUCAUCCCGCCGAGCGCGCAGGUGAGGCGGCUGGCGCGCUGCCCCGCCACUUGCAGCUGUACCAAGGAGUCCAUCAUCUGCGUGGGCUCCUCCUGGGUGCCCAGGAUCGUGCCGGGCGACAUCAGCUCCCUGAGCCUGGUAAAUGGCACGUUUUCGGAAAUCAAGGACCGAAUGUUUUCCCAUCUGCCUUCUUUGCAGCUGCUGUUGCUGAAUUCUAACUCAUUUACAGUCAUCCGGGAUGAUGCGUUUGCUGGACUUUUUCAUCUUGAAUACCUGUUCAUUGAAGGGAACAAAAUAGAAACCAUUUCAAGAAAUGCCUUUCGUGGCCUCCGUGACCUGACUCACCUUUCUUUGGCCAAUAACCACAUCAAAGCCCUCCCCCGGGACGUCUUCAGUGAUUUGGACUCCCUGAUUGAACUAGAUUUAAGGGGCAAUAAAUUUGAAUGUGACUGCAAAGCCAAGUGGUUGUAUCUGUGGUUGAAGAUGACAAAUUCCACCGUUUCUGAUGUGCUCUGUAUUGGUCCACCAGAAUAUCAGGAAAAGAAGCUAAAUGAUGUGACCAGCUUUGACUAUGAAUGCACAACUACAGAUUUUGUUGUCCAUCAGACUUUGCCCUACCAGUCGGUUUCGGUGGAUACGUUCAACUCCAAGAAUGAUGUGUUCGUGGCCAUCGCUCAGCCCAGCAUGGAGAACUGCAUGGUGUUGGAGUGGGACCACAUCGAAAUGAAUUUCCGGAGCUAUGACAAUAUUACAGGCCAGUCCAUCGUGGGCUGUAAGGCCAUCCUCAUCGAUGACCAGGUCUUUGUGGUGGUGGCUCAGCUCUUUGGCGGCUCUCACAUUUACAAAUAUGACGAGAGCUGGACCAAGUUUGUCAAAUUCCAAGACAUAGAAGUCUCUCGCAUUUCCAAGCCCAACGACAUCGAGCUGUUCCAGAUCGAGGACGAGACGUUCUUUGUCAUCGCAGACAGCUCUAAAGCUGGUCUGUCGACUGUCUAUAAAUGGAACAGCAAAGGAUUCUACUCGUACCAGUCUCUGCACGAGUGGUUCAGGGACACGGACGCAGAGUUUGUCGAUAUAGACGGGAAAUCACAUCUGAUCCUGUCCAGCCGCUCCCAGGUGCCCAUCAUCCUCCAGUGGAAUAAAAGCUCUAAGAAGUUUGUCCCCCACAGUGACAUCCCCAACAUGGAGGACGUGCUGGCCGUGAAGAGCUUUAGAAUGCAGAACGCGCUCUACCUCUCGCUCACCCGCUUCAUCGGGGACUCCAGGGUCAUGAGGUGGAAUAGUAAGCAGUUUGUGGAGGUCCAGGCUCUCCCAUCCCGAGGGGCCAUGACCCUGCAGCCCUUUUCUUUUAAAGAGAAUCACUACCUGGCCCUCGGGAGCGACUAUACGUUCUCCCAGAUAUACCAGUGGGAUAAAGAGAAGCAACUCUUCAAAAAGUUUAAGGAAAUUUACGUGCAGGCGCCUCGUUCCUUCACAGCUGUCUCCACUGACAGGAGAGAUUUCUUUUUCGCGUCCAGUUUCAAAGGGAAAACAAAGAUUUUUGAACAUAUAGUUGUCGACUUAAGUUUGUGAAGGUGUGAUUGGUGAAUUUAAGACAUGUAGCACUAGCUCUCGCGAGAGAGGACCAAGAAAAAAAAAUUUUUUUAAGCCAAGUUCAGAGCUCUGAAAUUAAAAAUGCACUGAAGAAAUAGUUAGAAGUUUCCAAACUUUUAGAACUCACAUUUUAAUCAGGGAUUGCGUUUCUUGGCUAACUGCAUGACACGUCCAUUCUCCCAUUUAAAAAGACAUCUUAAAGCCUGUAAUUACUGAGAAAAGAGUACAGCGUUAACUCUUGCCAUCCAGGAAGGUAAUGUGCUUUUUUGUUUUUAAUGAGGAAGGAGAAAAUCGGAUAAGCUGGGACAGCUCUUAUAAUGAAAUAAAAAAAAAAAAAAGACCGAACAAACCAUGGGCCCUGCUCAUUCCAUUUUAGCAAUCCUUUUGGGAAGAACGCUUAAAGCCAAAGUCAGCUGAAAAGAUUUGCUGAUGAUUAGUUUAAAAAUCUGAUAACACUCAGCAAUGCUAUUUUGAGCCAUCCCAGUUUCCUGAAUCCCCCUUAAUAGCAGAACGUUGGCUAUUUCAUUGGCUCAUAUGGAUGCUCGUCAUGGGUGUGUUAACAAAAUAAUGUUUGACAUUGCUCCCUCCCUUUGCUAUAAAGACAAUAUUCUGCUGACACAUGUCUAGGCCCAUGACGGCCUGUAGGCCCCGGAGUGACACAAAGAGAUUUUCCCCUCUUCCUUGUGGUUCAGAGCUGACCCCAUGGUGCCCAGAGCAGUAACGGUUCUUUGAUGCUCUCCGUGCCUCAGCUGCUUCUCUGACCCAUCCUUUGAGUUUGUGGGUAACCAGCAGAUAGGCCAAAGACUGAAUGGUGCUUUUUAUUCUGUCCUUUAAAGCAAUAGAACAGGUAUUUCCAUCUGACGAGCAUCUGGUAGAAUUUUUGAAGUAGGAUGUUGUGGCAUCAAAGAGGACUUUACACAAGAGUCCGUGUACUUUGAAACCUUGGGAUGGCUGCUUGAUUGAUGCAUAUCUUUGCCCUCUGGGCAACUUAAUAUUUCAGAUACUUGAAUGCCCACCUCCCUUCUCCUGUGACAGUCCUGCUUUGUUGAUUUGCUGAUGUUGCCGCUGGCCACGCAGCCUGUCUGAUGGUGCUGCAGCCCCCAAUGGCAGGACCUGGGAUACUCCUGACAGCAACGCUCCUCGC